CGUGGGGAGGUGAGCUGAUAUAAGUGCGCCAGGGAGCAAGGGGCGAAAGUUUGGGCAGAGGCUGCUCGGGGCUGAGAGGCGGCGGCGGCACCAGGAGCCCGGACUCGGGAUCGAAUCCCAGCGCGGCAACAUUCAUGACUUUGCAUAAUAAAACGCCAAUCUACCUACUGGAGUCGCUUACUGAGGGAUUGUGUGAAGAUUUGAAGUUCUUUCUACACUGCCUUGCCCCAGUCACCAUAUAUCAAGGAUGCAUUUGGAGAUCAAAGUGGCUUUAAAUUUCAUUAUCUCCUACCUGUAUAACAAAUUACCCCGGCGACGUGCAGACCUCUUUGGGGAGGAGCUGGAGCGGUUGCUAAAACAGAAAUAUGAGGGCCACUGGUACCCAGAAAAGCCCCUCAAAGGAUCUGGUUACAGGUGUGUCCAUAUUGGAGAAACUGUGGACCCCAUAGUUGAGCAGGCCACGAGGAGAAGUGGGUUGGAUAUUGAAGAUAUUCGGGCUAAUGUUCCUCAAGAAUUAAGCCUUUGGAUUGAUCCAUUUGAGGUAUCCUAUCAGAUUGGUGAAAAAGGGGCUGUGAAGGUCCUCUACAUGGAUGACAAUGAAAACAGUGCCGAAUUGGACAAGGAGAUAAAGAGCAGCUUUAACCCAGAAGCCCAAGUUUUCACACCGAUCACUGAUCAGGGCAAUUCUUUGUCCAAUUCCCCAUCUCCAUCUUUUGGGAAUUCAGUAAGUCCCACCUUCAUCCCAAGGUCAACCCAGCCAAUCACAUUCACCACUGCAGCCUUUGCUGCCACCAAAUUUGGUUCCACCAAGAUGAAAACUGGAGGCCGGAGAAUGGCUCGCUCUCCCACUAAUGGCUUGAUGAAGCAGAAGGGGUUGUCCACAUCAAUGCAUUCGCUGGUCCUUGGAAACAACCAGAUGCCGCCAUCCUCCCUUUCUCCGAACGCCAAGGAGUUUGUCUACCCCGGUUCAUUGAGCUUGUACUUCGGGAAUGAAAACCAGUCAUCCACUGGCCCAGCUCCGUUCCCUAAUGCCUUUGAGGUACCACCAAUCUACAAUAACAACAACCUGGGUGAGAAAGCCCCAUUUGUGGAAGGACUUGACUUCAACUUGAACACCAUGCAGUAUCCUAACCAGCCAUUUCAGCCAGUUGUCUUGGCUAACUAAUAUAUUUAGUGAAGAAUCCUUUCUAUACAUAGAACUCUAAAAGAAGGCCAACACUAAGAUACCGUGUUGAAGAGCACUUUGGGAACAGUUUAACAUUAAACCUCCAAACCCCACUUACAGUCUCAACAGUGUUCAUCAUCUCCUAAGUUUUCAAGUUUUUUUUUGAAAUUGUUCAAGUCACAUUCAUGCAAUCCAUUGGGAAGUUGUGGGUUUUUCAGAGUUAACGUAACUUGUUUUUUUGUUGAGAAUUCUAUACUCUUCCCUUGGGGGAAGCAGGGCAACAAAAGUCCAUCUAAAAAGUGGAAUACUGAAAUAUUGGAAUACCCCAAAUUUGAGUAAAAUAAAGGUCACAAUAUGUAACUGGCAGUCUUAUCAGUUUUUCACAGCAGUUAUAUUUGGGGCAUUACCUCACACUUGUGCCAGUAUUUCUGUAUUUAAUUUUGCACUGUAGUUGUUAAGUAGCAGCUGGAUCAGGGUUGCUAGGCGAACACAUUUCCCAUUUUUUUUUAUUGUUGCUAUAGUGCUACAGGAUGGGAAGCCAUGACUGACAGUUAAGUUUGGCAGGUUCACAGUGAAGCAGAAUUCUGCCAAAAUAGCAUUUUAAUGCAAUGAGAGAGAGAGAGUGUGUGUGUGUGAUGCGCGCGCGUCUGUCUGUCUGUCUUAACCAGUUCGAACUGGUUGUCCAGAGUCUUGACAUUCAUCCUGUUUGCCCUUGCUUUCCCCCUCCCCUCACCCACUACACCCUUAAAACUCCAAGUUUCGUCAACAACACCACCUCGCUCUGAACUGCAACAAAACCUGUCAUCUUGGUGUUAAGGGCUUUGAAGUUCUUCGUCCAUGCUAAUCUCCUAAUUCGGAUUACUACUGUACUAUGGCAACUAGCAAAAAAAUACAAUCUUGUGAAGCUGUGGCACGUACUGUGGAUCCUGCUAUAUGGACAAAUUGCUACAUUGCGUUGUGCUAACUGUUUUAAGUUCUACAUUGAAGAUCUACAGUACUUUGUGUCUAACUGAGACCCUUCAACUAUCCCAAUAUGCUGCAGGUUUGGUGAAGUGAGCACUUAACAGUUGUGCCAGAAGUAGCUGUUUGAGAUGUUAUGAUGGGGUGUUUGUUUGCAUCCUAGAUAUUGGUGUGUUUUUUUUUCUUUGGAGUACUUUUUGUUUUAAAACCCUGGGUCAUCUCGAAUAUUUUCAGGCUCUUUGAGCUGUGCUGUUCGCUCCUCUUCCUACCAAGCAGAGAGGAUGAUGUUCCUGGCCUAAGGAUCGAUGCAAAAAAAAAAAUGUCAGAUGUUUGGGAGGUAGGAGGGAAGGUACCAAACAUGGGGAAGCACAUCUGCUGUUGUGGAUGCUGUGAGACAUUCACUCUGACUGCGUCGUGCAAUUGAAAUGGUGAAUGAGAAAAGAUCAAAACCAUCAGUGGACUUGAGUAACUGUGCACCCAGGGAAUGUGUUUUGUGCUCUUACCUGAAGCUGGUCAGGAACCGUGUUAUCUGUUAAACCCUGCUGCACAUUGGGUCCUUGCUGCUCAAGCUUUGUGUGUUUAGCUAUAUGGUAAUGUACCAGGUUCACACCAUGUGUUCAUGUCAGGUGUGUGGGUGGGAUCUAAUCCUGUAGAAAGGAUGAAAGUGACCAAAUUAGAGUUGAAUGAUGCUGUAUCCCACCAGUUGUCAGCACCGUUAAGUGAAUGUUAUGUCCUAAAUGUUAGGCAUUGAGGUGCUGCAUCCUACCUUCAGCUUUCAAAUCCAGUAUUGAGCUUUUGAAAAUAAAGUAGCUGUCGUGUCCCCUUUCAUUUGCUUAAUUGAAUGACAAUCUGAGGAGCUCUCUUCCUUUGCCCAUAAGGAGUAACAGAAUAUGCCUGAGGUCAGUGUUUGUGUGGACUGAACCUUUUCAAAAAGUGAAUUCUAGAAACUGGUUCACAGCCCUUGCUACAAACCAUGCCAUUGAAUGCCAUUCAGUCAUAUCUCCAACUCCUGAGAACACAGCCCUCUUUCAAAAGAUUAUAUUGAAUUUACCAAACACAGUUUCAGUUGUGUUUGUUGUGGUGGCUUGCUGCAGUCUGGAUUUCAGAAAGCCCUCAGCAACACUUCAAUCAGCUUGCACCUAAUCCUGUAACUGGAGUGUCAUGCAGUAUUAUGGGUUGGGUGGGGAAUGUUGAAGAAACUAGCUACAUCUGUCAAUUUUGCACUGAACGUUGAUUAGAAGGAACUCCAGAGACAUCUGUAUCUGAAUGCGCUCUAAAGAGCGUUCUAUCCAGACACUCUGAAGUGAUUCCUGUACUACAAAACCAUGAAGCUUGAUCAGUCACCACUACAACUGGGCAUGAGAGAACAUGUGCAGCAGUGUUUACUAUCUCCUUGCAAUUUACAGAAACAAAAAAAACUUAGGAACUUCAAGCAUUGCCCUUGAGACAGUCAGCAAUAUUUAAAUCAAUAUAUUUUUUAAACCUGUCCCAGGUGACCAGCUUGGUUUUUCAGUCCCAGAGAUGAAUAGGGGAUGCCAGUGAUGAGAUUAUCAGUUUGCUAAAUAUUUUAUCCCAAUGCUUCAGAGCUUUGCUGAUUCAUUUUUGCUGCAGUUGCAAUAAAUUAAAAGGUUUGUUAUAAGAGUUAAUUAGUUCAUUCCCACAUGGUGAAGAUCUAACUGAGUUAUAUGCAAUAUGAAUAUGCUGGAAGACCUCUUGCUUUUUAUAAUCCACGAGAUAUUGGGCAUCCUCCAUUCACCGAGUAUCCUUGACCUUGUAUACUAGCUCUUUCCUGCUCCCUGCAAGCCCUAUUAAAUUAUUCUGAGAGCAUGGCUAGAAUAACUACAGCAAAUAGGGUGCUUCAGGAGUAAUAAUGGUGGGCGAAGUUCUGUUUUGGCAUUUGGUAUUUGCAAGCCAGUUGUGAAUUGUCUGUACUGUGCAUUCUGAUAUGUUGCUGAUGCAGGAAAGUUGGGAGUGAGACUUCUGGGUUUGAGCCAGGCUUCAUCAGCUUGCCGUUCUUUAAAUCACUUAUUACAAACCACACUGGCAAAGGGGACGAUCUACCCCCAGGCUUUUUCCACCAUUGUUCUGUUGGAGGCUAUUGGAGAUAAUAUUAAGUGGCUUCUCUGACUUGUUUUCCAUCUUUCCCCUUUCCCCUGUGAGAAUAGUGCAGUUUCCUUUUGUGUCCCAUCCAAACAGUGCAGAAAUGGGGGAAAUAGCUGGGUCCAGCCUUAGUGAUUUGCUGAAACUUGAGACUUAUAACCUGCAGGAGAGCAGGAAAAUCAUAGUAACCUGCCUUUGUUACUCUCCAAAACAUAGCCAGUAGCUCUUGGACUUCUAGACCUUUGCUAAUGGCCCACUUGCACUGACCACUGGAAGAUGCCUGUGUGAGUAUCCCUAGCUGACUUGCAUUUACUACUUUUGAGGAAUUGGCUUACUGUCCAGCUUGUCGCUUCUCUUGCUGAGAGCUGGCCAGGUGCUGUUCAACAGCAUUCGCCUGUCUCGUUGCAGUUUGCUGCAGUGCUGGUGUGAUCUGCACCCACAAAUCAAUUCAGUAUCCAUGACCUAAGUUUCUGUAGGGUACCAGCUACCAUCCCCAUUGGUCAGUUAUUUGUAACUCUGGCAAAUAAGUCCAAUGUUUAUAUAAUGGUCCUAGCAUUAAAAUGUUUCUGAAAUAUUGAAUUUCUGGGUCAUCAAUGCUGCUUUUCAGCCUGGCUUAGAAUCCUUUUCCCUAAACACUUAAAAAUGAAAUUAGCCACUUUUAAAAAAAAACUCUUCAUUAUGAUUGUGAUUGUGGGUACUAUAUUUGAAAAACCUGAAAGGACAGGCUAAGCCUUUUUUAAGUUGUUCCACGUUUCGCCUUGAGUUGUAGUGACAGAGUCCUAAAUUUAUUAAGCCUUUUUUUAUGCACUAAAAUGAGCAAGAAAGGUCCCAUGCUAGAGUAAAGGCAUGAGAGAUGGUCAUACAAGGAAUCCAAAGCAGAAUGUUUUAUAAUCCGCUUGAUUACUGUCCCAGAAAUUCCAGAUUAAGCGGAGUACUCUGAGCUGAGCCAUUAUAGUUAAAUGUAUCCAUAUGGGGACUGAGCUCCACAGCUAUUGCAACUUCUACCUAGUCAUCAUGACUGUCUCCAAGGUGUGCAGAACAAGAUGUUGCAUCAAUGGAUCUUUGAGCUGAUGUGGUAGUACUAUGCCUCUUGCUGUAGUGGUCACUGUUUGUCUUCUCUGUGGCCACCCCCCCCCCCCAGCACUCUCCCCAAACACCCCUUCUUCCAAUAUAAAACACACUAAUUGUUAAUAAUCACAGAUGGAUGAAACUGGUAAUUGCAGAAGGAAGAAUUAGAGUUGGUAUCCACUUCCCUGUCCCCCUCACCAAAUUUCCUUUCCUCUCCCUGCCACCCAAGACCAAAAUGGCUUGAUAGCCUGUUCCCCACUGAACUGUUGGGAGUGCAGUGUGAGAUGUAGAUGGUGGUGUGUAAGCAGCAAUGUCACCACUGCCUAUAUUUGUGGCUACAGUGGUUUAGAAAUUUGGGAUGAGCACCAACUGUGUUUACAAACAAGGGUGCAUUUAAACACUAAUCUGGUCUAAGUUUAAAAAGAAAAUUGUUGCUGUCUUAAGGGAAUACAGUUCUCUCAAGUUACUUCUUGAAUUGUUAGCUGGAAAAUGAUGCACUUUUUUGCUUGGGGGGGUGUGUUAGUGGUGAAGACAUAGCGAGAAUGGUGGCUAAAGGACUAUUGUAAGUUUUACACCCUUCAUGUUCUCUUCACAUUGAACUUGUGACUUUUUAAAUUGAAAACAAUCUCUACAUGGCCUGCUUAUGCCUGCUGACCAUUUAUACUUCACUGGUGUUUCUCCAUAGUCCUGUUGGCUUAGUAUUCCAGGAGGGGUAGGGAAGGGUGAGCAAAGUUAAGAAAUGGUGGACUCUCUGGCUUUGUGCCUCAUGAAUUACCAUUACCAUGUAGAAAUAUUCUGCCCUGAUUAUCUGGGGUAUAUGUCUGUUUCAAAGGGGCUACAAUUGGGUUAGGAUAACAGCACCUCAGUACAGGGCAACCACUUAACCAUCCAACAAGAGGCAGAUUUGAACUCCAGACUUGAGGGCUCAUGAGUGAAGUCAUAGCUUAGGACCAACAGCAGCCCUCUUUGAUGUUUCUGACCAAACCUUUCUCUCCCCCUCUCUUCCCCCCCAACACACAUAUACACGCAUACUCUUGCAAUCUUCAAAUGAGUGGUGAUCACUUUUUCCAGGAAUCUCAGUCAUUCCGACAUAAUUUCCGAGGGCAGAAGAGGACUCGUUUACCAGAAGCGCUCUUAGAAUGUGGAGCCUCUGACUCGUCUGGCCGCGAUGGUGAGUUAGUAACCAUCUGGGGCCAUGGGGCCAGUGAAGCUCUAUGUAGCCACUCAGGCUGGUGCCAGUGUCAACAGAGAUUUCUUUCUCUACUCAUUAUCUGAAGGAUCUGAACAAAAUUUAAGGCGGGGGGGGGGGGGUGGUGGGAAAGAAUACCAGCUGGGAGGUACAUAUUUGGUUUUAAUUUCUGAAUGACUACAUGGCAUCCCUCUUUCAUGAGGUUUCUGAGGUGGGGUGGGGUGGUGAGAGAAGCUGAUGAUUUGUAAUUUUGCUGUUUUGAGUUUUUUUUUUGUUUACCCUUCCCCCACCCCCGCCCCCCACCCCAACACCCUUUUCGCUUCCUCCCCAAGUGUUCUUCAUUGAGGUGAUGUGAUGUAUUAUGCAGAUGUUAGCCUUUCUUUACUUGAACAUUAAAAACACUGCUUGGUUUUAUUUUUUAUUUUUAAUGAAUUUGGCACUAACCGAUCGGAAUCUUAAGUUUCCUCUUUUUCUUUUGGUUUCCUUUGCUUGAAUGAUUUAAGAUGUUUGUAAAGGUUAAGAGUAUAUAUUUCUAAUGUACAUUGUAAUUUCAUUUCAGAUUUCAUAUGCAACAAAUUAUUUUUUCAAAAAAAAUUGAAAACGCAGAGAUAUUGACAUUGUAUGCUUCAGAAAAAAGAAAAACGAUGGCAGGAUUUUUUCAAAUUAUGUACAUUUUACUUUUUCGAAAGGAAUGGUUAUUUUCUGUUAAGGAAAGCGGAUGCAAAUAAUUCCUUUAUUGUAGACUGAAAAAUAUCCCAAUUUUCUACUUUGGAACAUUGUGCAAUACUUGCUUGAUGCUAAAAUGUUUUUUGCAGAUUUGUUGUAGGUGAGGUCAGAGCUGUAUAGUUUAUAAUGUUCCGGAUCUUUUUUAAGUUUGUAUUAAAAGCAUGAAAAUUGGA